AUGGUGCUGUCAACGUUGUCAAUGACGUUUUUGUUAUGGACACGUACAAAUAAAUAUAUAAAAAGAGAAAAGAUGGCAGAUAUUGAUUCGGAUGAUUUUGUCGAUCGCGAAAUGAGAGAAUAUAAACUCCGCACAGCUUAUGGUGGACUAUUGAAAAAACCUCGACAUAAACCAUCCAAGUAUAACCAUGUCCAAGUUGCGCAUUCCGACGGAUGUUGCUCAUCGGCUGAUUCAAGAGAUCGUCAUCCACAUAAACAUAAACAUACACAUACUCCGCGACACGAAGCCCAUGAUCGUGCUCAUCAAAAACUUGAUCCUGUUUACGUGCAACGUGGACGAGUAACAAAACCGUCGAAUCGGCCGAAGAAAUCGAACACUCCGCCUUAUUCAACUGAACAAAGUACCUCAAUGAAAUCGCCGCCCACAACAGAAAAGAAAGGUUGUUGUUGUUGCUGUACAAUAUGCUAG